GAAGACAGCGAUGCCAGCAGAUAUUUAAAAUGGGCGGACGCCUUUAUGAUUGUGUACAGUAUCACCAACAGGUCGAGCUUCGACGUGGCCCGCGAGUACAUGGAGAGCAUCUCGCUGUACCUGAAAGGUCAGGGCAGGGAGUGUCCCGUGGCUCUGGUCGGAAACAAGAUAGACCUGGAGCGUUACAG